AAUCUUGGCCCCAUCAGGUGAUGCUGGUGCAAUCGACGGGACUGCUCUGCAGGAAUUGGCAAAGCUGAACCUGACCCAAGCGAAACUUAUAUCGGAUAAUACCACUGUCAAGUGCAUGGUGACCCCUGACCUCUGUGACUGGCAGAUACACUUGUACGAGGGCCAUGCAUUCAGCGUUCCCCUCCCGCAGGCAGCAGCUGCCCAAGCCGCCACCCAAGCACUCUCGACGCCUGCUCCAGAAGUCUUCGAACUGAGCCCCCAGGACAGCGGAUCGAAGAUAUAUAUUGUGGCCGAAGUAAAACCAAAGCCGGAACGGAGAAGGAGGAGGAAGCUGCGCCGUCGGACCGCCUUUAAUUACUUUCCAAAACGGAGAUUCGCCUUGCUGGUCUUUCAAUAAAAAUGUAAUUAAUAACAAAAAUUAAAGCUUCCCUUAUUAUUAAUUUAGAUAUCUUUCGGCAAGCCCAAUCAAUCAGCUGCCAGGGUCUUCUUUCGGCUGAGUCACGGCCCGAAAACAAAAUUCUCAGCUCAUUAACGUGGGCUUGAUUCAGAGCUUACCUGGCCAA